AUGGCCGCUGCUCUUUCCUCCGGCGUCCAGUCCAAGGUGCUCUCCGUGAAGGCCGCUCCCGCUAAGGGCUUCGGUGCUCUCAAGAGCGAGAUUCACAAUGUGACUGUCGGUAGCUCUUUCUCCACUGGUGCUAAGGAGAUCGCUGCGAAGGCCACGCUGAAGUCUCGUUCUAGCAAUGUCAGGAGGCCCGUGCUCGUAGUCUGCAAGACUGGCAAUAAGACCGUCGUGGUCGGCCUUGCCGCCGAUUCAGGAUGCGGGAAGAGCACAUUCAUGAGGCGCAUGACUGGCGUGUUUGGAGGCUCGGCCUCUCCCCCCAAGGGAGGCAACCCGGACUCUAACACCCUUCUCAGCGACAUGACCACCGUUAUUUGCCUCGACGACUACCAUUCGCUCGACCGCAACGGUCGCAAGGUGGCGAAUGUGACGGCGUUGGAUCCCAAGGCGAACGACUUCGACCUGAUGUACGAGCAGGUGAAGGCGCUCAAGGAAGGCAAGUCCGUCAUGAAGCCCAUCUACAACCACGUCUCCGGCCUGCUCGACCCGCCGGAACUCAUCGAAUCCCCCGACAUUCUCGUCAUCGAGGGCCUUCACCCCAUGUAUGAUGAGCGCGUGCGAGAUCUCAUAGAUUUCAGCAUUUAUCUUGACAUCAGCGAUGAGGUCAAGUUCGCCUGGAAGAUCCAGCGUGACAUGGCUGAACGCGGUCACAGCCUGGAGAGCAUCAAGGCGUCGAUUCAAGCGAGGAAGCCAGACUUCGAUGCCUACAUUGACCCGCAGAAGGAGCACGCGGAUGUGGUGAUUCAGGUGCUGCCGACACAGCUGAUUCCCGACGACAACGAGGGGAAGGUGCUGCGCGUGCGCAUGGUGCAGAAGGAGGGCCUCGGGACGUUCGACCCCGUGUACCUCUUCGACGAGGGCUCCAGCAUCUCCUGGAUCCCCUGCGGCCGCAAGCUCACCUGCUCCUACCCGGGCAUCAAGUUCUUCUACGGCCCUGACACCUACUUCGGGAAUCCGGUGUCUGUUCUGGAGAUGGACGGCCAAUUCGACAAGCUGGACGAGCUGAUCUACGUGGAGAGCCAUCUGAGCAACACGUCCACCAAGUUCUACGGAGAGAUCACCCAGCAGAUGCUCAAGAAUGCGGACUUCCCUGGCAGCAACAACGGCACAGGCUUCCUGCAGACCAUUGUGGGGCUCAAGCUGCGUGAGGCGUAUGAGCGCAUUGUUGCUAAGUCCCCUGUUGCUGCCUAA